AGCUUUCCCAGGCUUGCAGCCACUGUUAAGCACUGUUGCUGGCGGUUAGCGAUAUCGGGUUGCGUGAGAACAAGCUUUGUAACUGAGAAGGUCUGGUUUGUUGCUACAAAGACGUUGACGUUGUUGGCUUCAGCGACAGCAGCUUCUUAAAGCAGAGAAAGUUGCUUUGUGCAGCGGCUACAGGCAUCCUUCUGUAGGACCCCCUAGCGGUAGACAUGCCUCGGGGACGAAAGAGCCGGCGCCGCCAUAAUGCAAGGGCUGCAGAAGAAAACCGCAGUAAUCACAAGAUUCAGGCCUCAGAGGCUUCUAAGACCCUGAUGGCUGCCUCUAUGGUCCCAUGCACCCCCGAAGACAACCUGAGCGGCCCAGAGGAAGAUCUGAGCACUCUGGAGGAGGCCUCUACUCCCCCUGAAGAACCCACCAGCACUGCUCAAGGACAAAAGUCUUCAGUGGCCCGGAGCAAUUUUCAGGGCACCAAGAAAAGUCUCCUGAUGUCGGUAUUAGCUCUUAUCUUCAUUAUGGGCAACAGUGCUAAGGAAGCCCUGGUCUGGAAAGUGCUGGGGAAGUUGGGGGUGCAACCUGGGCGGCAGCACAGUAUCUUUGGAGAUCCAAAGAAGAUAGUCACAGAAGAGUUUGUUCGCAGAGGGUACCUGAUGUAUAAGCCAGUGCCCAGCAGCAGUCCCAUGGAGUACGAGUUCUUCUGGGGCCCUCGAGCACAUGUGGAAUCCAGCAAGCUGAAAGUCAUGCAUUUUGUGGCAAGAAUUCGUAACCGAUGCUCCAAGGACUGGACAUGUAAUUAUGAUUGGGAUUCAGACGAUGAUGCAGAAGUUGAGGCUAUCCUCAAUUCAGAUGCUAGAGGUCAUUCUGCCCCCUAGUGAAAUCUGAGGCAGAUCCUGGGGGUGUGGGAAAGAGAAUUUAAAGUACCCACAAGGAGUAGCUAACUUGAGUCCUGAGUAGAAAACAACUUGGAUUGGGGUGGGAGGAGCACUAUAUUUGGUAUUUGUGAUCAAUGCUAAUUGUUUAACUGCGAAAUAGUGUUUGCUUUGGAUACUGUAAAAUUGUAUUGAUUUUAUAAAACUGUUGAUUGAGGAUCACAAUACGGUUAAAAUAUGAUUGAAGAGAUUUUUUUCCCCCUUUCUUUCUGUUAUUGAGGAUUAGUGUAAUAGUUUUCCUAAUGUUAUAAAGUGAAGUCGUUCCAUCAUACUCUGUGAUCUGGUAUAGAAUUUAUAACAUUGAAAAAAAAUAGAAUUUAUAACAUUGAAAUAGGCUGUUCUUGUCAAGUUAAAUAACUGGUAAAAUGUGGGAAAAGGAUGGAAGAUUUGUUCAUAAAUGACUUUUCUGAAACCCUUUGUGUCAGCUGUUGUCUGAAGACUGACAUUUACCAUAAUUUAGCUUAUGUUACAGAAUAUAGUGAAA